CAAGUCUAUGAUGUACCGUUAUAUAACAUGUAAGCAUUUUAUGUUAUCAUCACCUCGCGUUUUUUUUUAUGUCCUACUUACCAAUGUCGUGAAACUCGCCUUAUAUUUUUUGUAAUUUUAACAGCACCGAAGAGGGGUUGGGAAUACAAGCCAACCCGAAAUGCAUCUGAAUUAGAAAUAUUUUAAAUAAAACGUAACGUUUUCUAACCAAUUGCCGUUUGAUCGUCUACCAAAAUUACUGUUUGGAUUACAAAGACGCUACACACAGAAAAGUAAUGAACACGAAGUACUAAAAUUUAAAAUUAUCACGUUAAAAAUCACUGGUAAGAUCAUCAUCAUCAAAAUCUUUUUCACUAGAAUGUUUUUGUAUGGUUGAAGCAGAUGAUGGUUUCCAACUUUAACAUUUAUCGCUGUAAGAACUCGAUUUUUGUAGUUUAGUUUUCAUUAAAUUUAAUUGCAAAAAAAUACGUUCAACUGCUGCAUUUAAAUGAGGAAGCAAUAAAAACAUCUAUUUACUGUCAAAGUAAAGUAAAAAAUACAGAAAUAUAGAAUAAAAAUGAAUGUUUUGAAAGGAAAGGUAUUAGGAUUUCUUGAAUGGUACUAGGAAAAUGGUGUUGGGUGUCUUGGUGCUGGGACAAGUAAAAAGGUACUAGAUUAGUACAAAAGUACUAGGUAAAACAACACAUCGUACAAAAGUAGACGACUACUCGAGCAGUUGGAUACUUUUGGGCUACUUUUUAAAAAUUAUUUGGCUACAAGAGCAAAAAACAUCUGGCAACACUUUAAGCGAUACACAGUGGAACUGUCAGUGUGUGUUCUUUGACAGAAGUUACACGUGAGUGUGAUACACGUGGUCGGCGAUCGCAUUGUUUGGGAAAGAAAUACCGAAAAGUUGCGUAGUGAAUUGUCGUAAUCGGAAUAUGAUGAAAAAUAAACAAGGGACUGUUCAGGUGUUUCCUGUUAAAGAAGGAAGGCCAAAUACAUGGGUUAAUGGCAUGAAAAGAAUCAACGAAGAAGAUUGGAAGUGGCUAAUACCCAGAAAAUUCACGUGUGCGUGUAGAAAACAUUCUCUUACAGGGAGACCUCAUCCAAUUCAUCUAGAUAAUGUACCGUCAGUAUCUUUUUCUUCGCCCAGAUGCAAAACCAUAAGCCAAAAGCAUUUCAACAAGAUGAAGAAGUACAUAAAAAGGCACAAUGCAUCUAAUAAAAAACGGAAACCUUUAAGGGAAAUUACGCCUAAUGCAGUUAAUUGUGAUGACCUCUCCAGAUCUCUUCAUGAUAGGAAAAGAUCUGAAAUUGUGAAUAAAAAAGAACCAGACUGUGAUAAUGACAUCACUUUUGGCAAUGGAAUUGAAUGCAAAACACGCGACGAUAAACCAGAGAUCGUGUAUUGCGGUACUUUUAAAACUGAAGAUGUACGGCAUAAUUUUGUAACAGUGGAGGUUGAACAGCAUAAUUUGGACUUGGUAGAGGACGAUGAAUAUAAUUUUGUCACGGUAGAAGAAGAACAACAUAAGUUAAGUAUAGAAGAUGAACGAUAUAAUUUUGUUGAAGUAGAAGAUGACGUUCGUGAAAUGGGAAUAGUCGACGAUAUAUACAAUUCGUUUAGUGUUGAAGAUGAAGAUGAUAAAAUAAUCAGGGUAGAUGACAACAACGGAAUUGAACAUGAAAAAUAUAGCUUGGUGCAAAAUAAGAAAGAUAUUUCUGGGUGUGGCAUUCAAAGCUAUAAUUCAGAUCGCUGCCAUCAGUCGUAUCAAGAUGAUUUUAAAGAAUACCGUGUUCCCAGUUCUCACAUUCGUCCAGAAUUCGAUUGUUUCAAAAAUACAGUCGGUAGAAAAUCUAAGAAUGAAGACAAAGGUACUGUUCAAACUCUUUUAUUUUUGUAAUUGUUUAAAAGAUUUCAGUUUAAAAACAAAUGCAUUUUAUUAUAAAAUUGAAAAUUUUAAACU